AUGAAUACUGCACGAUAUGAACACACAGCAUCUCUAUUAACUAAUGAACAAGUGUUAGUUACUGGUGGAAGAUAUAAUUCAAGUUCGUAUCUGAAUGAUGCUGAAUUGUAUGAUCCAACAACAGGAACUUGGACAACAACUGGUAGCAUGAAUUAUGUACGACGAAGUCACAAAGCAUCCGUUUUAAAAAAUGGAAAGGUAUUAGUUACAGGUGGAUUUAAUGGUCUUCAACGUUUAACUAGUGCUGAAUUGUAUGAUCCAUCAACAGGAACUUGGACAUUUACUGGUAACAUGAGUUAUUCACGAGCUGGACAUACAGCAUCCAUAUUAGCAAAUGGAAGCGUGUUAGUUACUGGUGGGCGUGCUAGUAUUAGCUUUGCAAAUACUACUGAGUUAUAUGAUCCAUCAACUGAAACUUGGACAACAACUGGUAGUAUGAAUAAUGAUCGACGAGAUCACACAGCAUCCGUGUUAAGUAAUGGGCAAGUGUUAGUGACUGGUGGGUUGGGUAAUAGUGGUUUUCUCAAUAGUGCUGAGCUAUAUGAUCCAUUAACAGGAAUUUGGACAAUGACAAAUAAUAUGACUGAUACACGGUAUUAUCAUACAGCAACCGUACUAACAGAUGGAAAGGUGUUAGUUACUGGUGGACUAAUUAAUGCUUCUUCUAUAAAUCGUGCUGAGUUGUAUGAUCCAUCUAUGGGAACUUGGACACCGACUAGUAACAUGAACAGUGGACGGCAAUUGCACACAGCAUCAAUAUUAAGAAAUGGAAAAGUGUUAGUUAUUGGUGAUUCAAAUAGGGCUGAUUUGUAUGAUCCAUUAACAGGAAAUUGGACGAUGACUGAUAAUAUGAAUCAUGUACGAUCUGGUCAUACAGCAUCUGUUUUAACAAAUGGAACAGUGUUAGUUACAGGUGGAUCGGAAUCAGAUAUUACUCUAAAUAGUUCAGAAUUAUAUCAAUUAUCUUAA